CCUGUGCACCUGUCCCGUCGUCGCUCCUUGUCGGGCUGCAUUACUAACAUCCCACUUGCUGCCCUGUGCUUGUCAUUCAGCUUGGCUCUAGCAAUCACUUUCUGAACGGCAGCAUAAUCAAUCUUGCGAUACUGCUCCCUGUGUCUUCUCACCUGCUUCCAGGGCUCUGCGCGAUAUCUGCCCUGUCGUUCAUGUAACUUGCCUACAGUUUGACGAACACACAUCUACGCCCCAGUGUGGAACCCCACGUCGCCCUCCCGUCGGUACAGACCCCACGUUAGUGUCAUCUUCGGGUAUCUCUUGGCUGCUUGCAAGACGAUCGACGAUAGAGCUACCGGGGUACACAGGCUCCCUAUCCCCUGGACUCGGCUUGUACCACGAACUGGCUUAGUCCUCGUUAGGUCCUACCAUGGCUCUGCCAAAGAGAAUCGUCAAGGAGACGGAGCGGCUUAUGGCCGAACCAGUUCCCGGCAUCAGCGCAGUGCCUCACGAAGACAACCUACGAUAUUUCGAUGUUGAGAUCCACGGCCCCUCGUCAUCGCCGUACGAGGGAGGAGUCUUCAAGCUCGAACUUUUCCUUCCCGAUGAUUACCCUAUGGCGCCGCCCAAGAUCCGCUUCCUCACCAAGAUUUUCCACCCAAACGUGGACAAGCUGGGCCGUAUCUGCCUAGAUGUCUUGAAGAACAACUGGUCCCCAGCCCUGCAAAUCCGAACUAUCUUGCUGUCGAUCCAAGCCUUACUCGGCGCUCCAAACCCGGAUGACCCGCUGGCUGCCGACGUUGCCAAAAGCUGGAAGGAGGAUGAGCAGGCUGCCAUUGCGACAGCCAAGGCGUGGACACAGCAGUAUGCCGUUCCAAAGUAGUCCCGGUAAACCCAGCCUUUUGAUAUCGCAGUUGGAAGGGCAAACUCCUGGAUUCUCGGCCCAGCAAUUUACAGUGGCAUUUCAGGAGUAGAGGGGUGAGAUCCGAUCCAACCAAUGUCUGUUGGAAGUCCUUGGAGAGUAGUAUUCAUGGAGAGGACUCACAGGAGGCGCAGAUCAGACCAUCAGGCAGGUUGGUGAAGAGGACCGCGAGCUGGUAUACUUUCAUGAAUACCUGAAGUCGAUGUAUCGAGAACUUGAAGCCGGAAUUCCCGAGUACAUAGGAGGGUACUCAAACAGCCCUUUGCAUAUUCAUUCAGAGCUUUCCAACAAUCCAAAUCGCAAGACUGCGGUGUGCUCACCACGACCCUGUUGCUGCCCGACAUACUGCGUUCACGUCCUCAACUCUGACAGUCUGGUCGUUCCUAGAUCCAGAUUCCAAGCUCAAUGAGCCCUCAGCUGCCUA